ACUACCAAUUCGGAAGGAAUCAAUAGCUUAAAAGAGUGAAUCGAGGGGAUUUUUGAUUUACACAAAAUGUCAAGUGGAAAAACUCCAUCUGGCGCGAAACCUAAGCAGGCUUCUCAACAGACUAAAAACACCAGUCAAUCUCUCGUUCCUCGGAGUACAGGAAGGGGGGCAGGACGAGGAACAGGACGGGGUGCUGGGAGCCAAGCAGUGGUACCUCGCGGCAACAGACAGAUAGCCAUGACUAAAGAUGCAGAUGGAAUGCUCAUCCCUGAGGGUUACACAGUGAGAAAGAUUCAGCCAGCGAAGAACUAUGAUGUGGUUUCUUUUGCGAGAGCAAUGAAUGAUGACUUUGCCCCGAGACUUAAAAAGCUCUUUGAUCCUGAGACAGAGGCAGCCCUUGAAGCUCAGAAAACUGGUAUUUACAUAGGAUGGAGGUGCCCGGAAUUCAAACAUGAUUGUCAGAGAGUGAAUAAAAUGUCCAAAUGUUUUUGUGGUCACUUGCUUGGGGAACAUGAUAAAUAUACAGGUAAAAGCAUUCGUGUGCCAUGUAAACAGGGAGGCUGUAAAUGUAAGGCUUUUGCGUGGAUUCCAUCCAGACCCGAGGAUGUUGGAGAAUUUUGGUUCCAGAGGAGAAGAGAUUUCGAUCCUAGCACAUGGCGAGCAAAAUGUCGAUGUAAACACACACAUGAAGAGCACGAUUCAGUGAUGAGGCGAUGUAAAUCAAAAGGUUGCAGCUGUGGGAUGUUCGAUUCUAACUUUCUUUGCGCUGCUUGUGACAAGCACUGGGAACAACAUGAAACGUUUUUUGAGACGGAGGAUGAACGACGGCAAAAUGGCCUCCCAGUUGGGGAAAUGUACCUGCCAUUUGCAGAGAUGCCAAAUUUACGUAACAUUGCCUUAACGGGGGAUGAGUAUGAUGACAGUACUUACCUAGCUCUGACCCAGGGUGAGGGGACUAUUCCCCAGUCCAAUAGACCUGUCGGUAACGAAGCCCCUGUAAACUUCAGUGGGGGAUCAAAGAGUGGCUUCAAACCAGUAUAUGACUAAAUAGUGACAAGUCCUGAAUGUAUUGCUGUGAUAUACAUGUAUUUUUAUGAGGUUUAAUUAUUAUACUACAAUGACUAUGAUGUUGAUGUUGGCUUUGUUUUAAUGUAGUGAUAUGGAGAUUUCAGAAUACAUUGUCUACAGAUUUAAGUUUAUAAUUCAUGCCCUUAAUGUUAUACUGUUUGAGAAAAAAAAAUAACAGUUUGGGAGGAUUUGAUUUCGUGCUUGAAGAAGUGCUGAGAGGUAAUCAGUUGCGAAUUCAGGAUUCUGAAAGGGGGUGUGCAACAGGCCAGGGAUGUUAGCAUAGCUCCCAGGU